AUUAGUUGCAUCGAAACCUGUGUCAAGUCAGGUUAUAAUGGAUAGAAUUUAUCAAAAUAAAUAAAGAAAUUAACAAAAAAGUGAAAAUGAGUGAAGUGAACUUACAAGGUUUGGGUGAACAAAGUAACGAUGGCCUCAAUACAACUACAAAGAGGACGAUGCAGGAAUAUGAUACAGCACUCAAAGCAUGCGGCUUUGGCUUAUUUCAUAUACGACUUUUAUGCACUUCCUUUGUUGGUAUGGCAUCUGGUAUUGUGAUAACGAAUACAGCACCCUAUAUAUUACCGAUAGCUGAAUGCGAUCUCAACAUGAAUCUUCUACAGAAAGGAUUAUUGAACGCCAUGCCCUAUUCCGGUAUGAUAGUAAUAUCAGUGAUCGCUGGAUUUCUAACCGACACAUUUGGACGGAAAAUAUUCCUGGUACUUGGAUAUGGUGGUUUAUUUCUUUGCACAUUUACAAGUGGAUUGAGUCAAAGUUAUUUGGUGCUUGUCAUCGCUAAAUUUUGCGAAGGAAUUUUAUUUGCCAUAUCUUUCACGUCAUUAUUGGCAUUAACUUCAGAACUUUGUCACAACGGAAUAAGAGAUCGGAUAAUGUUAUUGCAGUCGUCGUUCGCUGCGAUAGCUCAAAUUAUCGUAGCUCUCGUAUCCUGGGCUAUAUUACCGAAUAAUUGGAAGAGUACGUCUUUUUUCAACGGGAUGAUUGUGCUGAAUACAUGGAACUACUAUCUCUUGAUCAUGUCUCUAUUUCCAAUAUCCGCGUGCAUCAUGUAUUCAUUCCUGCCAGAAAGUCCAAAGUACUGUAUAACUCAGAAACGAUACGAUGAAGCGAGAGAAACACUUAUUAAAAUAUAUAAACAAAAUAUAAGGAAACCUGUCGAUGAUUAUCCGUUUGUAAAUAUGUGGAAAGAUAAAAAUAAAUUGUCAAUCGAUGAAACACCAGAGCACGAAUCACCGAAGAGCUUUUGUCACAUGUUGUCUGUUGGUUUUCAUAACGUCAAACCAAUGUUCCAUCGACCUUUGGGCUUAUACGUGCUACUGUUUUGCACCAUGAAUUUUUUUAUUAUGAAUUUGUUCAACGUGAUCAGGUUGUGGUUUCCGCAGGUGUCAACGAUCGUGGAACACUAUGCCGAUGAAAAUAAUCAAGACUUAUGCGUGAUGUUGGAUGCGUAUACCCACGAUUUGAGAAUGAAAAGUUUUAAUGCAACUCCGCAUGAUAUAUGUGUGCCUAAAAUAAGUGGAACUGAAACGUACAUAAACAGCAUUAUAAUGGGGUCAAUAUGCAUCGUCCCUUAUGUUAUCGGUGGUGUAUUAGUUAAUAAAGUCGGGAAAAAAAACUUAUUCAUAGUGUGCGGAAUACUGUGUGUAGCAACUACAAUUGGACUUAGAUGGGCGAACUCGAAAAUUGCAAUAGUAGCAUUAUUUUCAACUAUAACAGCGCUUGGUCAAAUCGAAUUGAGUCUUAACCAAUUUAUGGUCAUAGAUCAAUUCCCAACCACAACAAGGUCUUUAGCCAUCGGGUUGGUCAUGACGAUUGGUCGUACUGGGUCUUUGGUUGGUAACGUCAUAUUUCCUGUGUUAUUGAAUAUUGGCUGCGUCGUACCUUUCUUUACUAUGGCGGGAACUAUGACAAUCGUUACUUUAAUGAGCUUCGUGAUACCAACUAAGAAAAAAUAAGUAUUUGGUGCAGAUGUUUGUAAAUAUGUAGUUAAUUCAUAAAUAAAUUAAAACAUUUUUUAA